AAGAAGCAGCACCUUUUUUGUUCUCGGAGCCAUUAUUGUCUUCUCCAGUGCGAAGCCAGCUGCGGAGUUUCUUGAUUUACCGAGAAGAAUAUCAGAUUUGAAUUAAUAGUGAGAGAUCAAUAUGUCUCGAAGAUAUGAUAGCCGUACAACAAUCUUCUCUCCUGAAGGCCGUCUUUACCAAGUUGAGUAUGCAAUGGAGGCUAUUGGAAAUGCAGGUACUGCUAUAGGGAUCUUAUCUAAAGAUGGGGUUGUCUUGGUUGGGGAGAAAAAGGUAACAUCGAAGCUUCUGCAAACCUCAACAUCAACAGAGAAGAUGUAUAAGAUUGAUGACCAUGUUGCCUGUGCUGUGGCUGGUAUAAUGUCUGAUGCCAACAUCUUGAUCAACACUGCUAGGGUCCAAGCACAACGCUACACUUAUGCUUACCAAGAGCCCAUGCCAGUUGAACAGUUGGUUCAAUCUCUAUGCGAUACUAAGCAAGGUUACACGCAAUUUGGUGGUCUCAGGCCAUUUGGAGUCUCAUUCCUAUUUGCUGGCUGGGACAAAAAUUAUGGCUUUCAACUUUACAUGAGUGACCCUAGUGGAAAUUAUGGUGGUUGGAAGGCUGCAGCUAUUGGUGCAAAUAACCAGGCAGCACAAUCAAUACUCAAGCAAGAUUACAAGGAUGAUAUCUCAAGGGAGGAUGCUGUGCAGCUUGCACUCAAAGUUCUUAGUAAAACUAUGGACAGCACAAGUUUGACCUCUGAGAAACUUGAACUUGCUGAGGUUUUCCUGUCACCUUCUGGGAAAGUGAAGUACCAAGUUUGCUCGCCUGAGACGCUGACUAAGCUGUUGGUGAAGCAUGGGGUCACGCAGCCACCUACAGACACUGCCUAGGUAGUUGGCAGUUCCAUAGUUAGCACAGUUUAAAUUACUCUCAUUAGCCUGGACUUCGGAUUACCUAUGCCUUUCUGCCUAGUUGACUGGAGAGGAUCUGUAAGGGAGAGAUUGGAAGGACAGUUGAGCUCAUUAGGUCUUUCUCUCCCAGAUGGGCCUCACCUCACCUUCUUUAUCUCUCUUAUUCGGUCCUCCUCUGUCGUAAAGGUCGAAAACACUUUCUGUAAUGCGCUUUCGGAAGGUCAAAUGCUACUAUUCCAAAUAUGUUUCAGAACUGUAAACUUGUAAUUUGUUGGUGAUGCUGAUGCUGAUGCUUUUGGAUUUAAUGUUUCUCAGAAACUUUUUCGACGCAUUUAAUCUACUUCAUUUGGGUUUACUCAUU